AUGUUUCGGGCGGCCUCGGAGGGGCGCAGGGUUUUCGCCGUCGCCCUGUGCUGCCGCUUGGCCGUCUUGUGCCUCAGCUCGCUUCUGGACGGCCUCCUGCCGGACUAUGACACCUCCAGCGAGCUCGCGGACCACGGGCCCUGCAAUUCAGGGGAGGUGGAUGGCGACGCCCCAUCUCUGUCGGCGAUCGAAGCCGCCCUGGGAAGGAUGGUCGUCUGGGACUCCUUGUACUUUGUGCGCAUCGCCCGGUGCGGUUACGAGUACGAGCAGUGCCACGCGUUCUUUCCCGGCUACCCAGGCAUCCUCAAGCUGGUUACCCAAGUGGCUAGGGCAUUUGGGACCCGGCUGGACAUACAUGCCUCGCAUGCACUGGCAGGGUUGGUGAUCAGCAACACCAGCUUUGCGCUGUCAGCUGUGCUCUUCUACAAGCUGAGCAAGGCCAUCGUGGAAGUGCCAAGGCUGUGUGCCACGGCCCUCCUUCUGUACUGCCUGCCACCAUCGUCUGUGUUCGCAUCUGCCGUGUACACAGAGAGCCUGUUUUCGCUGGCCACAAUGGCAGGGCUGUACUGGCUGUUUGUGUGUGACUCCCUGUGGCUAGCUACACUGGCCUUCUCUUUUGGCUCUGCAAUUCGAUCUAAUGGACUGUUGCACGCCGGAUUCGUAGUGCACAGGACUUUGAAAAUUGCGAUUGGCAGUGAAACGUCCAUGAGUCAGAAAGUGCUCGCAUCGGUGAAGGGUGCGUUGGCCUCCGUGGUGGUCGCGGCUCCUUUUGUGGCCUUCCAGCGGUAUGGAUACCAGCAAUUCUGUUCGCCACCACACGCCACGACGAGACCUUGGUGCGGUGGGCGCGUCCCUUACCUUUACGGAUUCGUUCAGGAGCAUUACUGGGAUGUUGGACCAUUCAAGUACUUCCAAACUAAACAGGUGCCCAACUUCCUUCUGGCGGCCCCAGUAUUGUAUUUGUCGUUUGCUGGAGUUUUGGCAUAUAUGCGCAACGACUGGGAACGGACGUGCUGCCUCGGACUACUGCCGAUGAAAGGUCACAAGGUCGGCUACUGGAGCGAUACCGUCUCGCCGUUUGUCUACGAGUGGGCUUUCAUGAGCUGCACAGCUACUGUCCUCAUGAACGUACAG